GGUGGAAUGGUAUUCGAAUGAUCCAAGGGGACCCUCAGGCAUAGUGGUCACCUCUGAUGCGUCUGGAUCAUGGGGCUGUGGAGCCUUUUCACAGAUGGGAGACUGGUUGCAAAUUCCUUGGCAAGGCUACUGGGUCGGAGUUCACAUAACGGUGAAAGAACUACUACCAGUUGUGGUCGCGUGUGCCUUGUGGGGAAGGUCAUCCCAGGGUCAUUCUAUUCAAGUCAGGUGUGAUAAUGCAGCGGUGGUGGCAAUUCUGCGUUCAGGCACAAGCAAAGACAAGUUGGCCAUGCAUUUAGUGCGAUGCUUAGCCUUUUCAAGGCAGAGUUUGGCUUCACCAUAGUGGCAGAGCACUUACCUGGUAGAUUGAACAUUGCUGCAGAUGCAUUAUCUAGAGACAAACUAUCUCACUUCUUCCAGAUCUGCCCCAAGGCCCCUCAGACUCCGGUAGUAAUCCCACAGGAACUGUUUCAGGCCCUCAUUGCCACGCAACUGGACUGGACGUCUGUGAGCUGGAAAAGAAUGUUUCAUUCUAUUUUAGUGAAAGGUUUAGCAAAAUCGACACAAAACACUUACAAAGCGGGUCAGGCCCGGUAUAUUAAAUUUUGUGCUAUGUUCUCGUGGUCACCAUUUCCAAUAUCAGAAUCAUGUGCCUCUUCAUUUGUUGCCUUUUUAGCAGGGGAGGGUCUAAAGCAUGGCACUAUUAAGGUGUACCUGUCUGGAGUGAGGUACUCUCAAAUCGCAGCAGGUUACAAGGAUCCGUUUGCCACCCCGUGGCAUUGUCUCGAGUACGUGCUCAAAGGGAUCAAGAGGGACCAGGCCGAAAAGGGCAUAAAAUCCAAACCUCGCUUGCCCAUGACCCCAACCAUUCUUCGAAAGUUGAAACAGGUUUGGAAUGUGUCUUCUGAGGACCACGACACAAAAAUGAUUUGGGCGGCUUGUUGCCUGGGUUUCUUCGGUUUUCUCCGAUGUGGCGAAAUGACUGUGCCCAGCUAUGAUCCAUCUUGCCAUCUGUCAUAUCGGGAUCUGGCGGUGGAUCACCAGGACAAGCCCAACACCAUCAAAAUACGCAUUAAGGCGUCUAAAACAGACCCCUUUCGUAAGGGUGUGGACAUCUUCUUGGGUCGAACAGGAACAGAUUUGUGUCCUGUAACAGCCCUGUUGAACUACCUUUGUGCUAGAGGUUCUUCGCAGGGUCCGUUAUUUGUUUUCGCGGACGGGAAAUUGUUAUCUCGUUCUCAAUUUGUUGAUCGGCUGCGAAAAGGUUUGCAGGAGGCCGGUAUAGACCCUACUACUUAUUGCAGCCACAGUCGGAGCAGCAACGACGGCAGCUAAGAAGGGUGUGGAAGACUGCAUCAUAAAGACGCUAGGAAGGUGGGAAAGUUCAGCUUAUCUUCAGUAUGUCUGUCUGUCUCGAGAUCAGCUGGUAGGUGUCUCUAACAUUCUCGCAGCACCUUGAAUGAUGAACAGAACACUUAAUUUAUAUUAGCAAUGUCAUUGUUACUGUUAUUUGAAUUUUGGCUUAGGCUUUCGGUGUGGUUUUGGGUGGGGGGCUGUUCCCUUUUCCCCUCUAAAAGGAGAAUACUUUCACAGCCGCUUGUGGGGUUAAUUAAGGGGAAUUCCCCUUAAUUUGGGCUCAAAACCCCUCUCGUGACCCAUGACUAAUUAGUUAGGGGUCGCGGGAUGGGGUCAACCCCCCUCCCCUCGGGGAACGCCUUCGCCAAAUCUCUACACAAUGGCCAAGUCUUAACUUGGUUACUGUGGCUUAUUUUACAGUGUAUAAGGUAAGUUGUUAAUGGUUAAUUAGGUGGUUGGUGUUGAGAAAAUACGAAGGUGUUAACAACUCGAUUUUAUCGACUUCAUUUGGUAGGGAUCGACUCGAUGUGUUUUAUCAACUUGAUUUUAUCGACUUCAUCUGGUAAGGAUCGACUAGAUGUGUUUAUCAACUCGAUUUAGCGACUGCUUCUGGUAAGGAUCGACUCGAUCCAGGUUGCUGGGGGAAAGGCGAGUUUCGAGGGCGGCCUGAUAUAGCGUGCGCGCAACGAAGGCGCUAGGCUCAGGCAAGGCACUGAGACUCUUGAGGCCACAGGCACGCCUACAACAGCUCAGAGUAGUUCAGAUGGGGACCUUCUGAGCCUGAGAUCACACAGCAGCUACUUGCUAUGUUUCAUGAACUCAAGAGUCAAGUAGACAAGCAUAGGGAUUAAUUUACUGUGAUCCAGCACAAGUAAGCUGCUGUGACCUUCUGCAGGUGUGCCUGGAAGGUCAGCUACUCUGACCUGCUGUAGGCCUGCCUGUGGCCUCAAGAGUCUCAGUGCCUUGUCUGAGCCUAGUGCCUUUGUUGCAAGAGUACAGCAAUAGAUAGCCUCGAUAUCAAGCCG